GCAGCAUGACGGGCAAGGUGGGUUGUAGGCUCUGUGGUCUCAGUGCUCACAGGGUGCCACAUGUUUCCCUCUGCAGCGGGCAGCCGUGUCAGCCAGGAGCUCCGUUACACAAAGGAGAAGCUGGGUGAAGAGUCCGUCUACACAUCCCAAAUGUUGAUCCAGACCCCAAAGCAGGAAGGCGAGAACAUCCUGACGCAGGAGGCCCUACAGCUCCACCUCGAGGCUGCUCUGGCGGCCAGCAAAGUGCAAGUCUCGCUGUACGGAAAAUCAUGGGAUUUGAACAAGAUCUGCUACAAGUCAGGCGUCCCCAUUAUCGAGAAUGGCAUGAUCGAGAGGAUGAUUGAGAAGCUAUUCCCCUGCGUGAUCCUGACACCGCUGGACUGCUUCUGGGAAGGGUCCAAGCUGCAGGGAGGCUCAGCGUAUCUCCCGGGCCGCCCGGAUAUCCAGUGGAGCAACCUGGACCCUCUGCAGUUGAUGGAGGAGCUGGGGCAGUUCACAUCCCUGGAAGGCUUCAAAGAGCUGCUGGACAAGGCGGAGGUGGGGCAGGCUUACAUGGAGCGGCCCUGCCUUGACCCCCGAGACCCCCAGUGCCCCACCAGCGCCCCCAACAAGCAGAGCCAACAGAGCCCUGACAUCCCAGCUGAGCUCUCUGGGGGGUGCCACGGCUUCUCCAGGAAGUUCAUGCGCUGGCAGGAGGAGUUGAUUUUAGGCGGCACGACCAAAGACUCCCAGGGCAAGUUACUAAGCGCUGAGGCCCUGCAGACCAUGUUCCUCCUCAUGAGCCCUCGGCAGCUGUUUGAGCACUUCAAGGACGACUAUGAGAUCCAUGACAUCAGCUGGAGCGAGGAGAAGGCGAGUGCCAUCCUGGAGGCCUGGCAGAGGAAAUUCGUUGAGCUGGCACAGGACUCCAUCCCGCCCAACGCCACGCAAAACGUCCACGCUUUCUCCACCACCACACUCAACGACAUCAUGAAAUCCUUCUCCGAUGUCAGUGCCAUCCGGGUGGCUGGAGGCUACCUCCUUAUGCUGGCCUAUGCCUGCGUCACUAUGCUGCGAUGGGAUUGCUCCAAGUCCCAAGGGGCUGUGGGCCUGGCUGGGGUCCUGCUUGUGGCUCUCUCCGUGGCCUCAGGCCUGGGACUUUGCUCUCUGCUCGGCAUCUCCUUCAACGCGGCCACCACGCAGGUCCUGCCAUUCCUGGCCCUUGGCAUCGGUGUGGACGACAUGUUCCUCUUGGCUCAUGCCUUCACCGAGACCAGCCCACACAUCCCCUUCAAGGAGCGGACAGGUGAGUGCCUGAAGCGCACGGGGACCAGCGUGGCUCUCACCUCUGUCAGCAACAUGAUUGCCUUCUUCAUGGCGGCCUUGGUGCCCAUCCCUGCCCUGCGCGCCUUCUCCCUCCAGGCUGCAGUGGUGGUUGUGUUCAACUUUGCUAUGGUGCUGUUCAUCUUCCCGGCCAUCCUGAGCCUGGACCUGCAUCGCCGGGAGAAGCGCCGCCUCGACAUCCUCUGCUGCUUCUACAGCCCUUGUUCCUCACGGGUCAUCCAGAUCCAGCCCCAGGAGUUUGCGGAUGCCAACGACAACCAUGCCUCCCACCCAUCCCCCUAUGGGCACCCUGGCAUGGCCACCAGCACCCAGAUCACCACCACUGUGCAGGCCUUCACCCAGUGUGACUCCUCGGGCCACCACAUUGUCACUGUCCUACCGCCCACCUCGCAGGUUUGCACUUCACCGGCAGUGCUCCUGCCCCCCGCUGACCCACUGGGCUCGCAGGUCUUCACCCCGUCCAGCUCCACACGGGACCUGCUGGCCCAGCUGGACGAGGCCAAGGGCAGGCGGGAGUGUGUGCCCCUGCCCUUCUGCCGCUGGAGCCUCUCUGACUUCGCCCGGGAGAAGUACGCCCCACUCCUGCUGCAAACCCAGACCAAGGCCGUGGUGGUGGUGCUGUUCCUGGCGCUGCUGGGACUGAGUCUCUACGGCACCACCAUGGUACAUGACGGGCUGUACCUGACGGACAUUGUGCCACGGGACACCAAGGCUCAUGCCUUCAUCUCAGCCCAGUUCAAGUACUUCUCCUUCUACAAUAUGUUCAUCGUCACCAAGGGUGGCUUUCACUACCCUGGGGCCCAGGCUGCCCUGCUUAGCCUGCACCAGGCCUUCAGCACGGUCAAGUAUGUGGUGCGUGAGGGCAACCACGACCUGCCCAAGAUGUGGCUGCACUACUUCCAGGACUGGCUGCGAGGGCUCCAGGCCACCUUCGACAGGGACUGGCAAGCCGGGCGCAUCACCCAUGACAGCUACCGCAAUGGCUCUGAGGAUGGGGUGCUGGCAUACAAGCUCCUAAUCCAGACUGGCAACAAGAAGGAGCCCUUCAACUUCAACCAGCUGACCACACGGCGGCUGGUAGAUGAAAACGGCAUCAUUCCGCCCGACACCUUCUACAUCUGCCUGACAGUGUGGGCCAGCAACGACCCCCUGGGCUUUGCCGCCUCCCAGGCCAACUUCUAUCCCCCGCCACCCGAGUGGAUCCACGACAAGUACGACACCACGGGCGAGAACCUGCGAAUCCCAGCAGCCCAGCCACUGGAGUUUGCCCAGUUCCCCUUCUACCUGAGUGGGCUGCGUCGCACAGCCGACUUUGUGGAGGCGAUUGAGAGUGUGCGGGCCAUCUGUCGGGAGGCUGCCGAACGCCACGGGGUGCUGAGCUACCCAAGUGGGUACCCUUUCCUCUUCUGGGAGCAGUACAUCGGCCUGCGCCACUGGUUCCUGCUGGCCAUCAGCAUCCUGCUGGCUUGCACCUUCCUCGUUUGUGCCCUGCUCCUGCUCAACCCCUGGACGGCUGGCAUCAUCGUCUCCAUCCUGGCCAUGAUGGCAGUGGAGCUGUUCGGCAUCAUGGGGCUGAUGGGCAUCAAGCUGAGUGCCAUCCCUGUGGUCAUCCUCAUCGCCUCGGUAGGCAUCGGUGUGGAGUUCACCGUCCACGUGGCCCUGGGCUUCCUGACGGCCGUGGGGAGCAGGAACGUGCGCUCGGCCGCGGCACUGGAGCACACCUUCGCCCCUGUGAUGGAUGGUGCCGUCUCCACUCUCCUGGGUGUCCUCAUGUUGGCUGGCUCUGAGUUUGACUUCAUCAUAAGGUACUUCUUUGCGGUUCUCACCAUCCUGACACUGCUGGGGCUGCUCAAUGGGCUGGUGCUGCUGCCUGUCCUGCUCUCUGUCAUCGGGCCUCCCCCUGAGACAUCCCCCGCAGAUAACAGUGCCUGCCUGCCCCCACCGGAGCCGGUGCCCCCGUGCCUUGGCCCCCGGGGGCUGUACAUCCGGCGUGCCCCAGGCUGGCUCGUGCCCCCCGCCCCAGCACACAUCCUCCUGGAGGCCGGCAAGGACCCCAGCUUCCCCCGCAUCACUGUGCUGAAGCCCUACAAGGACAGCCCGGAGGUAUCGGGGAAGAAGGAGCCACCUGGCCCGCAGCAGGUGCCCCCGCUGCCCUUCGGGGAGCCAUGCUACGCCACCGUCACGGCCACUGCUUCAGUGACAGUAGCCCUGCACCCUACACUGCCCGGCUCCUACCCCAGCUUCGGUCCCGAGGGCUUCGCCAGCGGUGAGACAGACGGCCUAGAGGAGCCUGGCGUGCCUGCUUCCGGGGGCACCGCUGUGCCCAACGCCUUCGAGCUGCAGAGCCUGGGCUGCCACGGGGCAGGCACGAGGCGCUAGGUUGCUGGCUUGCAGAUGGCACCGAUGUGCCAGCUCGUGGGCAGAGCAUCUUCCCCAGCGCCAGCGGGGCACAGGCCUGGGGCCAGAGGGUGCAGAGCAAGGUCGCCUGCAUCGUGCUGCUAGUCGCUGGAGCGGUGAUGUCCCGAUCUUGGCCCCACGCCGUCACGCUGGCCCCUGCGUCCCCCCUGAAGGGACUCGCCGGGGCAGCGGGGCAGGCUGGCGUUUCUAUGCAAGCUGUGUGCAGGCCACGCUGUGCCCGCGUGCCCCCCCACCCGGGGCUGUGCCGACAG